AUGAAUAGUCAACUGAAGCAUAUCUUCAAAGCCGUUAAAGGAAUCCGUAUCCACUACGUCACGGCUGGAAGGAAAUCCGCACAUCUCUCCCCAAUUAUUCUACUCGCUGGUUUCCCAGAAAGCUGGUAUGCGUGGCGCAAAGUGAUUCCUCAACUCACUGAGUUCUUCGUUAUUGCCAUUGACUUGCCAGGACAAGGCGAUUCUGAUAAACCUAGCGAUGGUUACGACACUUCAACGAUAGCAGAUCUCGUUCAUGGAUUGAUUGAAAAUUUGGGAUUGUCUCGCUAUCACCUUGCUGCCCAUGAUGUGGGCGCCUGGGUCGCUUUUUCGUACGCCUUAAAAUUUAGUGAAGAGAUCGACAAAUUGGCUCUGUUAGACGCCGGGAUUCCAGGCGUCACGCUUCCAGAAAUGCUUCCCACGAGCCCCGAAGGCGCAUGGCGAUUGUGGCACUUUCCAUUCCAUGCCGUUCCCGAUCUUCCGGAACUUAUGAUCCGCGACAAGGAGCGCAUUUAUUUAGAGUGGUUUCUUCGGCGCAAAGCGGCCGACCCUACGAUAUUCACUGAAGCUGAUUUGGACGAAUAUGAGCGCAUUUUCAUGCAACCUGGGGCACUGCGUGCAGGUCUAUCUUACUAUAGGGCUUGUGGAAAGUCUGCUCAGCAAAAUAAAGAUUUUUUGAAGAAGAGUAAACUUGCCUCACCCUUGCUAGCAGUAUCCUCAGACCAGGGCUCAAUUCCCAGUAUGGCUAGCUCUCUAGAAGCUUUCUCGGGCGAGGUGGAGGAUGUAACAAUUGAAGAUUGCGGUCAUUUUAUCACUGAAGAGCAGCCUCAGAGACUCGCCGCUGAAUUAAAAAGGUUUUUUUUCAUCGCCGGAUGUGAAGAUAGUAAAUUGGAAACGAGGCCGUCGAUAAACACCUUCCAGUUCUCCCACUCUAGCCUCAGACCUCUGGUUUGGGCUUAUCAGGGGUACGGAGAGUGCUAUGAUUAG